AUGGUAUCUGAUCGGAUUAGCGGAAGAUCGAUAAGCAUUCCAAUUAUCUUGCUUUUUGCUGAGAGAAAUGAUGAAGAAAAAACCUCAGAAAAGGAAGGACAGGAAAAUUUCAGUUUGAAUGUGAUUAGUGCUUACGUCGUGCGUAACGAUGCUUCUAGCAUCGCGAAAUAUUCGCAAAACUGCGGAGACGCCGAAAAAAACUGCUUAAGUGUAGCAGCAAGGUUAUGCGCACGAGCUAGGGGUAUAUAUUGGGAUGAUGCGAACUGGGAGAACAUCACCGACAUGGACGUUGAAUGGCAACAUCGUUGCAAAGCUUAUCGCUUUGUGGCCUACUCGGCCGUCGCCUUUUCGGUGGUCGCCAUCCUUGGCGCUGCUACUACCCUCCCUAUGGUAUACAACUAUGUGCACCAUGUCCGACGGACGAUGCACACCGAACUCAACUUCUGCAGGGCAUCUGCUCAAGACAUCUGGUCAGAAGUCAAUGGCAUGAAGAUUACUGGCAACCGCACUGCCCGUCACGCAUUCCGUAAAGCAAGCCGUGCUGGCCGACAGACAUACGGAGGAGAAGAUGAAGGAGUAACCGGGGGAGGAGGCACAGGAAUCGGUGGAGGACGUACCGGUGGUGGUGGCGGUGGUGGUGGUAGCACCGAUUACGGAGGCAAUGACUGUACCGCUUGCUGUUCCGGUGGAGCAGCUGGGCCACCAGGAGUUCCAGGAAACCCAGGACGGCCC